AUGGCGAUUGAAAAUUGUGGUUCAAGUUCUGCUCAAAACAUAGAGGUCUUUUUUAGGUUGGUUGCUUCCGUUUUAGCCGCUGUAAACGAAUGUCACCAUCUCGCAAUAGCAUGUAUGGAUAUUUCUUUUAGUGGAAAACUCUUGAUGCAAAGCUACCUCGAUGUAAUACUUGCUAAAUUUGACAACUAUGUGAAGGGUCUUUCUGAGUUUUACACUGCUAGGAUUUUAAGCCAUGGUUUCACCAUUGUUGUUUCAAGGCUCGGUGUUAGUGCUUCCAAAGAUGACAUGAGGUUUUACAUAAGAGUACAGUUUCUUGAUUCCUCAGAGAUAGAGAUUCAUCGAGAAGCUUCAAAUAUUGUGAAUUUGAUCUCUGGGUUUUAUUUAUAUAAAGCUCAUGGUGGAAUGACUGUUGUUUUGAAAUUAUGUCCUAAUGGUUAUUUUCGUGGUGAAUUGAUUGGUCCUGCUUGUGUGGUGUUGAAGAAAUUAAGAGUUUUAUGGCUGAAGAAGGAGUUAUAUCAAAAUUCAUCAAGCUUGUUCAUCGAUAGACUGUUGUUCUACCUUCGCAAUGGCGAGGUUUUGGUUCAAGAAUCAACUCUAAAAGUCACAUCCAGGCUUUGUUAUGCAUCAGAAGAGGCUAAGAAAGUAAUAGGGGAUGCCAGUUUCAUCCCCGAGCUUGUGAAAUUACUUGAUGAAAAGUUAUACGAAAGCUUUGUCUCUGGCCUACGUUUACAAAUUCUAAGCUACAUGUCUGUUGUUGUUUCUCCUUCUCAAAACAUAUUCCUACAAAUGGCUGGAGCAUAUACGUGGAAUCAACCUGGUGGUGGUGCUCCUUACAUGGGAUAA